UAGGCCACGUGACUCGCUAAAGAUGGCGGCGCCCAGUGUGGCGGCGUGAAAGUUGUGGGAAGUCGCAGUCGCGGGGAUCGUUGAGUCCGAAGCGAGGGUAACCUGAGAGCCAUGUCGCGUCUGAUCGUGAAGAACCUCCCGAAUGGGAUGAAGGAGGAGCGAUUCCGGCAGCUGUUUGCCGCCUUUGGCACACUGACUGAUUGCAGCCUCAAGUUCACCAAGGACGGCAAGUUCCGGAAGUUCGGCUUCAUUGGUUUCAAGUCGGAGGAGGAGGCCCAGGCAGCACUGACCCAUUUCCACCGGAGCUUCAUUGACACGUCCCGCAUCACGGUAGAAUUCUGCAAGUCCUUUGGAGACCCAUCGAAGCCCCGAGCCUGGAGCAAGCAUGCCCAGAAGCCAAGCCAGCCCAAGCAGCCAUCACAAGACUCCAUUCCUUCAGACGCUAAACAAGACAAGAAGAAAAAGGUGUCCAGUAACCUGGAUAAGCUGAAGGAAGAUGCCGAGUUCCAGGAGUUCCUGUCAGUUCAUCAGAAGAGGACCCAGGUGGGCACCUGGGCAAAUGACACUUUGGAGGCCGAGCUCCCGAAAGCGAAAACCAAGCCAUCGAGUGACUAUCUGAACUUCGACUCUGACUCCAACUCCGACUCAGGGCAGGAGAGUGAGGAGGAGCCGGCCGGAGAGGACCCUGAAGAGGACCAAAGUCUGCAGCCAAAGGCGGCUGUGCAGAAGGACCUGUCAGACAUGGACUACUUGAAAUCCAAGAUGGUGCGGGCCGAGGUGUCCUCUGAGGAUGAGGACGAAGGGGACAGUGAAGACGAGGCUGUGAACUGUGAAGAAGGAAGUGAGGCUGAGGACGAGGAGGGCUCCCCUGCCUCCCCUGCCCAGCGAGGGGGUGUGAGCCUAAGGCCCCAGGAAGCUGCUGGCAAGGUAGAGAAGCCAGCCAGCCAGAAGGAACCCACUACCCCCUACACCGUGAAGCUCCGGGGAGCCCCCUUCAAUGUCACCGAGAAAAACGUCAUGGAAUUCCUAGCUCCUCUGAAGCCAAUGGCCAUCCGAAUAGUGAGAAAUGCUCACGGGAACAAGACAGGGUAUGUCUUCGUGGACCUCAGCAGUGAAGAAGAAGUGAAGAAAGCUCUGAAGUGCAACCGUGAAUACAUGGGUGGACGGUAUAUUGAGGUAUUCAGGGAAAAGCAGGCCCUCACUGCCCGUGCUCCCACAAAGAGCACCACACCCUGGCAAGGCCGAACGCUUGGGGAGAACGAGGAGGAGGAAGACCUGGCCGACUCUGGGAGGCUCUUCGUGCGGAACCUGUCCUACACCAGCUCUGAGGAGGAUCUGGAGAAGCUGUUCUCUGCCUACGGUCCCCUGUCAGAACUGCACUACCCCAUUGACAGCCUGACCAAGAAGCCGAAGGGCUUUGCCUUCGUCACCUUCAUGUUCCCCGAGCACGCCGUGAAGGCCUAUGCUGAGGUAGACGGGCAGGUGUUCCAGGGCAGGAUGCUCCACGUCCUCCCUUCCACCAUCAAGAAAGAAGCCAGCCAGGAUGCCAAUGCCCCGGGAUCCUCUUACAAGAAGAAGAAGGAAGCCAUGGACAAAGCCACCAGCUCCAGCUCUCACAACUGGAACACGCUGUUUAUGGGGCCAAAUGCCGUGGCUGACGCCAUUGCCCAGAAGUACAACGCCAGCAAGAGCCAAGUGUUUGACCACGAGACCAAGGGCAGCGUGGCUGUGCGUGUGGCUCUGGGGGAGACCCAGCUGGUCCAGGAGGUUCGGAGCUUCCUUAUCGACAAUGGCGUCUGCCUGGACUCUUUCAGCCAGGCUGCAGCAGAGCGCAGUAAGACUGUGAUCCUGGCUAAGAACCUCCCGGCAGGCACCACAGCGGCAGAGCUACAGGAGAUCUUCAGCCGCUUUGGCAGCUUGGGCCGCGUGCUCCUGCCUGAAGGGGGCAUCACCGCCAUUGUGGAGUUCCUGGAGCCGCUGGAGGCCCGCAAGGCCUUCAGGCACCUGGCCUAUUCCAAGUUCCACCAUGUCCCCCUGUAUCUGGAGUGGGCUCCAAUUGGCGUCUUUGGUGCAGCCCCCCAGAAGAAAGAUUCCCAGCCUGAGCAGCCUGCAGAGAAAGCCGAGGCAGAGCAGGAUACUGAAGGUGAAAAGGCUUCAGUGGAAGGAGCAGAAGCCUCCGCAGGGAAAAUGGAAGAGGAGGAGGAAGAGGAGGAAGAGGAGGAGGAGGAGGAGGAAGAGAGCAUCCCAGGGUGCACGUUGUUCAUUAAGAACCUUAACUUCAGCACCACAGAGGAGACCCUGAAGGAAGUGUUUUCCAAAGCAGGAGCUAUAAAGGGCUGCACCAUCUCCAAGAAGAAGAAUAAAGCAGGAAUGCUACUCUCAAUGGGGUUUGGGUUCGUUGAAUACAAGAAGCCAGAACAGGCCCAGAAAGCCCUCAAGCAGCUCCAGGGUCACGUUGUGGACGGCCACAAGCUGGAAGUGCGGAUCUCUGAACGGGCCACCAAGCCUGCCGUGACAUCCACUCGGAAGAAGCAGGUUCCCAAGAAGCAGACGACCUCCAAGAUCCUGGUGCGGAACAUCCCCUUCCAGGCCAACCAGAGGGAGAUCCGGGAGCUUUUCAGCACCUUCGGGGAACUGAAGACAGUGCGCCUGCCAAAGAAGAUGACAGGGACCGGCGCUCACCGGGGUUUCGGCUUUGUGGACUUCGUCACCAAGCAGGAUGCGAAGAAAGCCUUCAAUGCUCUGUGUCACAGCACGCACUUGUACGGCCGCAGGCUGGUUCUGGAAUGGGCAGACUCAGAGGUGACUGUGCAGGCCCUACGGAGGAAGACAGCCAGGCACUUCCAAGAGCCCCCGAAGAAAAAGCGGUCUGCAGUGUUGGACGGGAUCCUGGAGCAGCUGGAGGAUGCGGACGACAGUGACAGCGAGCACACUCUGCAGCUGUGAGCUGGCACUGCCAGGGUGUGUGGCUCCAGGGCCCCCGGGCCAGGCAGUGCGGUACAGGAGGUCUCCAUGGGUCAGGACCGAAGGAGACAAAAGCUCGCGGCAAGUACCGGACGCGAGAACAGCUUUUCUGCAGACUCCACACCAGUGGCGUGGUGUGCUGACCCCACACCUGCACUGGGUACCGCCUGUGAGACGGCUCCGUAAGGAGCUCAGGCCUGGCGUCCCCUGUGGCAUGGCUGGGACUCUGGGAUGGGUGACAGUGUGCACAGCCACUCUCAAGCUCAGCCCCGUCCACCAGCCUCCCGCCCACCCAGCCUCCUGCAGCCCCAUCUCGCCCCCUACAGGACUGCUGCCCAGUGGGCAGAGCUGGGGGCGCUACCUCAUCGCCCGGCCCCUUCCUAGUCCCGUGAUGCAUCAUUCUGAGCCCUGGGGCCAGGUUCACAGGCUGAACUGUGACAGCACCACUGAUGGCCCCCGCAGCUCAAGCCCUGGGAACCCCACCGAGGCCUCGCCCGCACCAGAGGCUUUGCAGGGUAGUCUCUGGCUGGGUGCCCUAGCACAGCCUCUCCAUGAACACGGACACAGCAUCAGCCAGAGGAGGCCAUGGCGCCAGGCAGGGGGCAGGGCCACAGACUUCAACCACUGUCCAGCCCCAGCACCCAGCACCGCCUCUCAAGCAAGACACUUAAGACUUAGACCAUUGUGAGUUGGAGGAGUGUCUGUGCAGUGCAGGUGAGGGCAUAGCAGCCUCAGCCAGCCACGCCCACUUCCCCCAUCCAGCCGGGAAGACCUGAGGAGACACUCCACUCCCCCGGGCUGACGAGGCACUGACAGGACUCUGCGCACCAGGCUUUCCGACUUAUGUGAGAGUCUCAGCCUAUGAAUUUUUUAUGGGGAUGAGGUCCUGCUGUCCAGAUUUGCCUGGACCCCACACCAGGGUACCGAAGCGGGGCCACGCCCUGUGGGUGGGGCAGGCACUUUGUUACAUUCCAGGGGUGCUAUGAACUAAGCAAUAAACGGCAGAGCCCAGAAUUGCCCCUCCGUC